CAGUCUCACGCAGUACCAACCAUAUUGUCUGGCGUAUGACAGAGACAUGGUCCUGGGAACUGUGUGUCUCCUGGUGUUGGGGGUGGUCUCCGUGAAUGGGCUCAUUGCUCCCGACAACGACUUGACGCUAGAGGGCCUGGCGAGACAUGUUGUGGACCUGGAGGCUGUCGUGCAGAAACAGAUACAAAACAUCACCAAUGAGUUAGCUCUACUCACCAAACACACAGACCCGGGGAUCUCAUUCACGGCGUACUUAAGCACUUCAAGAACAUGUGCUACUACAAGCACCAUCAGAUUUGAUGACGUGAAGAACAACAAUGGAGGAGGUUACAAUCCGUACUCCGGAAUAUUCCGGGCUCCUGUAUCAGGAAUGUACAUGUUUUCACUUGUGAUGGGGAAUAACGAGCGGUGA